AACUGACCAUGAUUAUAAUUACAGGGUUAGGGUAUGCGUAGGGGUGAUAUAAAGGGCAGCUGAAGCGUUUUCUGAGACAUUGGUGAUUUGCGUACGCCAAAUUACAACCUCUUAUUCUUUCUUAGGAGGCGAUCGGCCAUAUCGUUACCACCGCACGCGCCGUCAGGUUAACUAUUAGAUAUUUUGUAAGUCUGCAACCAAAAUGUCAGAUGGCCAUGAGACUGAUAAGAACAUUGAGAUAUGGAAGAUUAAAAAGCUUAUAAAAGCACUAGAGGCUGCCCGAGGAAAUGGAACAAGCAUGAUUUCUCUCAUCAUGCCGCCUCGUGAUCAGAUAUCACGUGUCACUAAGAUGCUUGGAGAUGAGUUUGGAACUGCUUCAAACAUUAAAAGCAGGGUCAACAGGCAGUCUGUUUUAGGUGCAAUCACUUCUGCUCAGCAAAGGCUCAAACUUUACAAUAAGGUUCCUUCAAAUGGGCUUGUCCUUUACACAGGAACAAUUGUAACUGACGAUGGAAAGGAAAAGAAGGUGACCAUUGACUUUGAGCCUUUUAGACCCAUCAAUGCAUCACUUUACUUGUGUGACAACAAGUUUCAUACAGAAGCACUAAAUGAGCUUUUGGAAUCUGAUGACAAGUUUGGUUUUAUUGUCAUGGAUGGUAAUGGAACCCUUUUUGGGACACUGAGUGGUAACACUCGAGAGGUUCUGCAUAAAUUUACUGUUGACCUGCCAAAGAAGCACGGGAGAGGAGGACAAUCAGCUCUUCGAUUUGCUCGACUUCGAAUGGAGAAGCGCCACAACUAUGUGAGGAAGACAGCUGAACUUGCCACGCAGUUCUUUAUUAACCCAGCCACCAGCCAGCCUAAUGUUGCAGGAUUAAUUCUUGCUGGAUCUGCAGACUUCAAGACAGAACUGAGCCAGUCUGAUAUGUUUGAUCCUCGACUUCAGGCUAAAAUUCUGAAUGUGGUUGAUGUUUCAUAUGGGGGUGAGAAUGGUUUUAAUCAGGCAAUUGAGCUUUCAUCUGAAAUUCUGUCCAAUGUGAAGUUUAUACAAGAGAAACGCUUGAUUGGCAAGUACUUUGAAGAGAUUAGCCAGGAUACUGGAAAAUAUGUAUUUGGUGUGGAUGACACCCUGAAAGGUCUCGAGAUGGGUGCUGUUGAGACACUUAUUGUAUGGGAAAAUUUGGAUAUUAAUAGGUAUACCUUGAAAAAUAGCACCACUGGUGAGAUUGUUAUAAAACAUCUGAACAAAGAGCAAGAGGCUAACCUGAGCAACUUUAGGGAUCUGGCCACUUCUGCUGACUUAGAGGUUCAGGAAAAGUUGCCACUGCUCGAGUGGUUUGCUAAUGAAUACAAGCGCUUUGGUUGCACUCUUGAGUUUGUCACCAACAAAUCGCAAGAAGGAUCCCAGUUUUGCAGAGGUUUUGGUGGGAUUGGAGGGAUUCUCCGUUAUCAGCUUGAUAUGAGAGAUUUUGAUGAGCUUUCCGACAAUGAAGUUUAUGAUGAUUCUGAAUAGCAAUCAGCCAACUAUACCCCGUUGCUGGUGCAGGAGAAUGGGGUGAAAACAACUGCACCAGCAAUUGCAGCGCUCGACAUUUCGAGCUCACUGCUGGUUGAUACUGGAAAAAUCCAAUGCAGUACUAAUCGAGGAGAUCAAGACAUCUGUGAUAAAAGCAAGUUUAAUGUGGUCAUGAAACUUGUUUGUGAUGAUGGGGGCAGCUGGAUGUAUCUGGAAGUGGAAGUUACCUUGAUAUUGUUACACCUUUAGCUUGGCCAGACAGUAAGAAGCUGCUAGAUUGGCAUGGUUGGUGUCUGGAUGAAGAAUGCAGAUUUUCGCAUCAACAUUAUUACUACCUUGUUAUAGUUAUGGUUUGUGCUAUCUAUAGUUACGCUUUGUAAAAACUGCUAUCUAUAGUUACUUUGUAAAAGCUGCUAUCCAUAGUUACAGUUUGUGAAAACUGCUAUCAAUGUGCUUCCUGUAAGCAUUAUUAUUAUGCUUGUGGUAUUGUCUGUAUAAUAAGUGGAUCUAAUUGAUUGUUAAUCUUGAUUAGAGUA